AUGAAACUACUCUCCAUCUUCGCUCUGGCAAUCGCCUCGUCCGCCACUCCAGUCGCCAUCCCGGCCUCCGCGUCCCUCGAACUCGCACCCCGCCAACUCCUCAACCGCACGAGCCUGACGGAAAACGAAUUCUCGCGCGCCAUUGGCGGCGGAUGCAGAGACGUGAUUUUCGUCUGGGCACGCGGGUCCACAGAGGCCGGCAACAUGGGCACCAUCAUUGGCCAGCCUCUGGGCGACGAGCUCCGCCGGGAAUACGGUAGCGACCUCGCCAUUGAAGGCAUCGAUUAUGCUGCUCUACUCUCGACCAACUACCUCCCCGGCGGCACGGACCUCGUGUCCGAGCGUAUGAUGCGCGACGUGCUUGAGGACGUGAAUCGGCAGUGUCCUUCAGCCAUUAUCGUAUGCGGCGGAUACUCACAAGGCGCAGCCGUAAACCACCGUGCAAUCGAGGACCUUUCUGAUGCCGUCAAGAACCAGAUUGCAGGCGUCGUCACUUUUGGCGACACUCAGGCUCGCGCUGAUAACCAGCAGAUUCCCAGGUUCCCCCGUGACAAGCUCAAGAUCUUCUGCGGUGGUGCUGUUCGCGAUACUGUGUGUGACGGGAACUUGGCUGCGGCUGUGUUGCUGCCUCAUCUUAGCUAUGGGCGUGAUGCAGCUGAGGCUGGUGAGUUUUUGAUUGAGAAGAUUAAUGCGGUUCGAGGCGCGAAAGCCUAG